CACUCGCAUCGCAAAUGUCGCCUGUUCAGCUAGUUUUCGACAAAAGCGAUUGGAUUUGGUGUUGAAGUAUUAACUUUCUUUCAUUUUUAAUCAACAGUGUAGAAAUUUGGGCAAUCCCUUGUGCCUGAAGUCUGUCAUCAUCAAUUGUCUCCAACCCAGGGCUGAGGCCGGUGACCAGGCUUGUUACCUGCAUUCUGAUUAUCAGCUCAAAUGGAGGGGGAUGCUUGAGUACCCCAGUCAUGUUAUGAUACGGAUUUUACCUUAGUUGUCAAUUGUAUGUAUAUAUUAAGAAUAUUAUAAGCGUUAGAGGCAUUCCAGAACCCCAAAAUGGGUGAUGAAUGUGGCAUUAAGGUGGUGUGUCGUGUUCGACCGCUGAACUCUUCAGAGGAAAAGGCAGGGAGUAAAUUUGUCCUCAAGUUUCCAACGGAUGAUUCAAUCAACUGUGGAGGAAAGCUGUUUGUGUUUGAUAAAGUGUUGAAGCCCAACGUGAGUCAGGAUUAUGUCUACGAGACUGCUGCCAAACCCAUUGUUGCUGAUGUGCUUGGAGGGUACAAUGGAACUAUAUUUGCCUAUGGUCAGACGUCCAGCGGUAAAACCCAUACCAUGGAGGGAGUCAUUGGGGAUAACCACAUGCAGGGAAUCAUUCCGAGGAUUGUACAAGACAUAUUCAACUACAUCUAUGGCAUGGACGAGAAUCUGGAGUUCCAUAUCAAGGUGUCAUACUUUGAGAUAUACAUGGACAAGAUUAGGGAUCUGCUGGAUAUUUCAAAGACCAACUUAGCUGUACAUGAAGACAAGAACAGAGUGCCCUUUGUUAAGGGUGCAACAGAGAGGUUUGUGUCCAGUCCAGACGAGGUGAUGGAAGCCAUAGAUGAAGGCAAAUCAAACCGACAUGUUGCUGUGACAAACAUGAAUGAACACAGCUCUCGAAGCCACAGCGUAUUCCUGAUUAACGUAAAACAAGAACAUCUAGAAAACCAAAAACAACUUAAUGGCAAACUAUACCUUGUAGAUCUGGCUGGUAGUGAGAAGGUCAGUAAGACUGGAGCUGAGGGAGCAGUGCUGGACGAGGCAAAGAACAUCAACAAGUCCCUGUCAGCUCUGGGUAACGUGAUUGCAGCCCUGGCUGAUGAACAGAAAAGCCAUGUGCCGUACCGUGACAGUAAAUUGACUAGGAUCCUCCAGGAGAGUUUGGGAGGUAACGCCCGUACCACAGUUGUCAUUUGCUGUUCACCAGCAUCGUAUAAUGAAGCAGAAACUAAAUCUACACUUCUCUUUGGUCAAAGAGCAAAGACCAUCAAGAAUGUUGUUUCUGUGAACGAAGAGUUGACUGCCGAGGAAUGGAAGAGGAGAUAUGAGAAGGAGAAGGAGAGAAAUGCUAGACUUAAAGGUGUUCUUGCCAAGUUUGAAGCUGAGCUACAGAUGUGGCGUUCUGGCCAGAAUGUGUCCCAGGAUGAACAGUUUGACAUGAAAGCCAGUACCACAUCCCUUCAGGAGGCAGAGGCUAGCACAGCACCAAAGAAUGACAUUGCAAAACUCAUGUCCGCCAGUACUAGUGAUGCUGACAAAGCCCAGUUUGAGGCAGAGCGUCUUAAACUCUAUCAGCAACUAGAUGAUAAGGAUGAUGAAAUAAACAACCAGUCACAGUUGAUUGAGCGACUGAAGGAACAAAUGUUGGAGCAGGAAGAGCUCAUUGCUGUGGGAAAGCGUGACCUUGAUAUGUUACAAGUUGACAUGUCGCGUAUCCAGACCGAUAAUGACUCAGCCAAGGACGAAGUUAAGGAGGUUCUUCAGGCCUUGGAGGAGUUGGCUAUGAACUAUGACCAGAAGUCACAGGAAGUGGAACUCAAGUCCAAGGAGUACGAGAACCUGCUGGAAGAAAUGAGUGCUAACCAGAGUCAAGUGAACAGUCUCCAGACAGAACUGGAUAGUCAGAGAGAUGCAUCCCUACACCAGAAGAAACGUGUAGCAGAGAUGAUGGCCAGCCUGCUCAAGGACCUGGGUGAUAUUGGAACUAUCGUAGGUGGAAAUGCUGCAGAGUCCAAGCCAAAUAUUUCAUCAUCGGAGAAACUUGAGGAGGAAUUCACUGUGGCCCGCCUAUACAUCAGUAAGAUGAAGUCCGAGGUAAAGACUCUGGUCACACGUACUGAGCAGUUGGAAACUAACCACAGCGAAAACCAAAAGAAACUUGAGCAUGCAGAGAAGGACCUCUCUGACUGUCGCCUCCUCAUCUCACAACAUGAGGCCAAGAUGAGUUCACUGAAUGAGACUAUACGUGACAUGGACCUCAAAAAACGUCAGCUAGAGGAACAAGUCGACACCCUUAAUGAUGAAUACACUGCCCUGAAAGCAUCAGAGCGUAUGGCAUCUAGUACAGCAUCCCAGAAAGAGAAGGAGGCCUCAGACAAGGUCCAGUCAAUCAACGAUAUGAAAGAUGCUUUGGAGAAACAGCUGGAGAAGCACCGUGCUCAGCACCAGAAGCAACUUAACUCUCUCCGGGACGAGAUUACAGACAAACAAACCCUCAUUGAAUCCUUGAAGGAUACAAACCAGAAGCUUGUUUUGGCCCUGGAUAAGUUACAGUCAGAUUAUGACAAGCUGAAACAGGAAGAGUCGGAGAAGUCAGCCAAGCUUGCUGAACUGUCUCUGCAGCUUGAUCGACGUGAACAGGCUAAGCAGGACCUAAAGGGUCUAGAAGAGACUGUGGCCAAGGAAUUGCAGACACUCCACAAUCUGCGGAAGCUGUUCGUGCAGGACCUACAGAACCGGGUUAAGAAGUCAGCCAAUAAGAAGGAAGACGAGGAGGAAGAAGAUGUGGGUGGAAAUGCCGCCCAGAAACAGAAAAUCUCUUUCCUGGAGAACAACUUAGAACAGCUGACCAAGGUCCACAAGCAGCUGGUGCGUGAUAAUGCUGACCUGCGCUGUGAACUUCCAAAACUGGAGAAGAGGCUGCGUGCAACUAUGGAUCGUGUCAAAUCUCUGGAGACAGCUCUCAAGGAGGCUAAAGAGGGUGCCAUGCGUGAUCGUAAACGAUAUCAGCAUGAAGUGGACAGAAUUAAAGAAGCUGUCCGACAGAAGAAUCUGGCUAGGAGAGGCCAUGCAGCCCAGAUAGCCAAACCCAUUCGCCCCGGACACCCACCAGGUGGAUCCUCUGCUCAAGCAGCUAUCCGCGGGGGUGGUAUGGUGGUGCCAGCUAAAGCUGAGCCUCAUGCAUAGAUGUCUGGAGAUGGUACCACAUCAGAUUUAGGCAGUGAUGGCAUCUCGUCUCAUCAUUACAUGUCUUACACAGGCACAAGGAACACCUGCCUCAUCGCCAUGGCGACAUCAUAAGUUUGUUACCGUGGCAACACACACUUAGAAUUAUUGUAGAUGAUUGUCAUACACCAAACAAUUUUUAACUGCAUUCCAUCUCAGUCUGGCUGCAUGAAUUGUAUUGUUUUAUUGUCAGGACAGAAGUGUGUUAGUAUACUACCUAGAAAACGUAUCUGUUCAUCUGCCAUUUGUCUUUACACUGGGGUCAGGUUAGAAAACUUUGAAUGGUAAUUUAUUUGAGGUUCUCAACAUAUUUCUGUACAAAUUUUUAUCGCUCGAAAAUAAUUCUAUGGAAGCAAGCAAAGAAAUGUAUUUUUCUUCUAAAAGACUUCUUCAUGUGUACAAAUAGAAGUUUACAGACAAUGUAAAGUUUUGCUGAAUUUUUCCCAUAAUGCUUUGCAAUGUGAAAUGAAAAAAGUCUGCUUCUGUUUGUGCUUGUGUAGUGUAAAGAUAAGUUGUGACUGGACAGAUACAGAUCUUGUGACUUUCUUUAUUUUACUUACAAUAGAUCAAGACAGAUGUUUUCUGUGACACUUUUGUCAUGUCUUUAUCAUCUCUUCCAUUAAUCACAGAGAGACAUGUGUUGGGUUGAUAAGAUUUAGGGGAGAGACUGUACACUGCCAUGUGUUACUUUGCAAUAUCAUGUUACCAUUGUAAUGAUAUGUGGAGCUUUUUAGGCAAUCCCUGCCACAAGCAUUGUAUAUUGUUGCUAUAUUUAAUCCUUUUUUUUAAUGUAUUAUACAUAGUACUGUGGCUGUUUUUGGACAACUUUGACGUGUUAUAUCAUUUAACAAAACUGAUGAUAUAAAAAGUUAUCACAGCUAAAAGUAAUUACCGGGAAAAGGCUUCGGCCACUGAUUGAAGUCUGAUUAUCAAGACAGUUUGGGAAAAGUUUUACAUCUAUAUUAAAUUGGUAAUAAGAGACAGAAAUUAUCCUUAAACAGCCAAUUAUUUCAUUUGUGUUUAAAAUACCAUGCAAAUUUUGUGAUGUAUAAAGCUGUGGUGAUUUGUAUAUGAUAUCUAUAUAUUGGAUGGAUCAUUAUUUGACCAGUAUGUCUUUAUAGAGGGCUACUUACAACACUCAGUCCGACUGCGGCAAUUUACCAUUAUGUGAUAUAUGCUGUAUACCCUACAUUAACUACAUAAUGUUAUCUAAUUGUAUUAAUUAUAGUACACUGGAGAAGGUGACCCACAAGCUGUAGGACUUCAAGUUAGACUAUUUCCUAUGGUAAUGGAAAGAUUAUUUCAAAAUUUGCAGAGGUAUUUGUCGAUUUCAUCAGUUUUAAGGAGCAAAUUUCAUUGCUGAAAAAAGGAUUUCAUAUCCUUUUAAAAGAGAAACAGUCACCCUUACUAUUUACUUUCAAAUGUGUAGUGUAAAGAAGGAGGCUAUGACAGGACAAAUCCCUGACAUAUACAAGAAAUGGAUAGGUUUAUAAGAGUUGAAAGUUUUGGUGUUGGUGUUUGGAAAGUUUGUAGCUGGGGUAGACCUGUUUAGAGUAAGAAGGUGGCACAUGUUGACAUAGAUAACUUCUCUUACAGAUUUGUACGUUCCUAUUGAAAUAUUUUACAACAACAGUUGUUUUCUAAAAACAAAAGUUGUAUGAUGUUUGAGUGCUACUUGGAACAGGUCUGUAGCAGCAGUUUAGCUAUAACAUCUAGUUAAACUAGAGACAGAUGUAGAAGAGAACAUUGUAGAAAGAAUACACAUUGUCCAGUGCUUCCUUAGUGUCCAUGUACAAAAUAUAACACAGUCCUCUCCGCAUACUUUGUAUCAAAUGCUAUAACUAUUGGCUGAUGUUAGAUUAACUUGGGCUUGAGAAUCCUCGUUGUUAGACAUGACACAUGUUCUCUGUUGUCUCCCACUUCGUUGAAAUGUAUGUGUUGAUUGGUUAUAUGUGUUAGAAAUGCACGCAAUCUUUUGGGCACGUUAUUGUGUUCUGUACAUGAAAAACUAGUGGAAAAGAAGCACUGUGGAAUGUGUAAACUGAUGUCAUUGAUGACACUGAAUUCUCUUUGGCUUUGAUACACUUAAUCGACAUGGCAAGAAAAAAUGGAAACAGGAUAUUAAUACUAGACACUUGAAGACUUGAAAAUAUAUAAAUCAUGUUUAUUAUGAUUAAGAAAAUCAGUUAGGCUAUUUGUAUGUCAGCUUACAGUUUAAUGUAUAUAUAAAUGUACUGAAAAUUCUUAGAAAGGAUAUUGAUGUUACUAUAGGGAAGAAGAAUUUCAUUUGAUGAAUUAAGGAACCAUCAUCUACUGAACAAAUGCAUUGAAUUAAAACAUUGUAUUUUAUAUUGAAGAUGAUUUCGACAAGUUGUUACAUCAAUCAUACUCCACUUGAUAAGUUAGGGAGUUCUAGCGUCACCAAUAUAACAUUGACUUGUACAAAUGCUUUUGUACAGUUCUGAUUAUUUUCCUCUCCCAAAAUUGGUUUUAAGUGGUUGUGGUUUAUGCAAUUGUAAGUGUUAAAUGUGGCUUGUCCUAGACACCAUUUUCUCCUCACAACAGCCUGGAAAAGUUUGUUGAAGGCUGCUCAGAGAUACCUCAAACUUUAUAAAUGUCUAGUCAGACCAGCAAUCUUUAACAAAAACAAUAUUAGUGCCAAGAAGCCAGUACAACAAUGUGAUUCAUUAACUGUACACAGAUAGUAAUUGUAUAGGUAACCAGAGUGUUACAUUGGAGUUACCUCCCUUGCAUAUAGUGAUUAUGAUGUGCACACUUUAAAUUCAGAAGAAAAACAGAUGUACAAAUCCUAUAUAAAUUAUGAUAAAAUGAGAUUAAAUCACUCAUGAAAUCUGCAAAAUAUUGACAGCUUCUCUGCUUUUUUGUGUGAACAUAUGUUAUAUUUAUGCAAAGUCUUUCCAGGUGUAUAUUGUUGAAGCCAGGGUUUGUGGUAGAAUAUAUAUAUGAAUGAGGUUUUGAAGUUGUUUCUUGUUUAUUUAUUUGCAAUAUUUUUUUUUUUAUUUUCUUACCUUUUGCUACUUAGCCCAUUAUUGCAUCGUAGUGUAAAUAACUGUUUUGCUUACAUGGAUAUUUUAUGGUAGAUUUUGUUGAUUAAGACAAAGUUAGGUGAUCAAAGUACUGGUAUUCUUUCAAAGUUUUUGUUUAUGACCCAGAGGUCACUAAUAAUGGCCUCUUAUAUCAUUAUUUAGAAUCGUGACCCACUUACCUCAAGAGGUCAGCUAUAUUUUGUGCAUAUCUUGUAUUGAAAUGUAUGGGUGAAAUAUGCUUGUUUAUAAUUGUGUUUCUUAUACAGAUCUUGACAAGGUAUAUCUAUAAGGGAGUGUAACAUCCACACAGGUUAUAUAUGUCCAUACUAGUGCCCAGUAUUGGACGGUCUGUAAGAUGGAGGGGGAGAAGGUAAUAUUGAAUGUCCUAAAAAUCCAUUAUCACGUUCACCCGAGUUCUGAUUAUCUUCAAUUCUUAACCUUAAACUUUGUUGCUUUAAUUGAUAAAUGUAGCUUUAUUUGUGAAUUGAUAAGUUAUAAAGAGGGGACAACUAUACCAGCACAGGGUUUUUUUUUGGAUUGUUUUGGCAUCAUGACCUCAUUAUAUAGGUGAUGGUACAUGUUCCUGUGGUGAACAUUUGAUGGUACUCACAUUAUCUCAGCCGGUCAGUGAUUGUCAUCCUAGGCCUGUAUGUAAACCACUUGUUUCUGUGUGUAAACCAGCUGUUUUGUUGUGAGUACAUGUAGAAUCUAAAAGCCAUGCAUUGAAGAUGAGUUACAAACAUUCUUCAUCUCUGUUGAUCUCAUGAUUGCUUAAAAGCUUGUGACAUUAGUGGGAUGGCCUCAGUGCUAGACAUUUAUCAUUGUUGUACAUUUGUGUUUCUACAAAUUGUUCUUUUUACAUGUACACAUGUACUAUAAAACAUCAGACUUUCCAUUGUAAGAUAAAGUUGGACCUUUAGAAGCAAAAUUUAGUGUAAAGGUCACCUAUUCAAGGUCAUUUGUGGAGUCAAAGGUCAUAGAAAUAGGAAAGCAAUAUUGUACAAUUCCUUUGGCUGUUGGCAGUCGUGUAAGUUAAUUAUUACAUAAUGAAUUAUUGUACUUUGUGAUUAUAUUUCAAUCUUAAGAACAAAAUGACAUUAUAUUGAAUAGUUCAUGUGACAAAAAUUCCACACUCUGAGUAUUGUACUUUCAAUGUGCUUCAGUAUUUCCAUUUAAACAAGUUUGAUUUUGUAAAUUAGGAAAGAAGUGAUUAUCAUAUUUCAUUUUACUGCUUGUUCCAUCUGUGAACCACCUCUGGGACAGACUGUACACCAAAACUGUAGUUCUGAGAGUGCUUUGUCAUGACAAGUUUCCAGAGAAUUAUCUCACUUUUUUACAAACCACUUAUACAGUUCUGGUUUCACAUAUUUAUAAUCAUAUGUAUUUAGCAACAUUUAGUCUUCACCAUAUCUAUUGAUAUAGAAUGCCCAGUGUGAAGACAUGGGUAUUAAUGAGAACUUACAACAAGCAAAGUCAAUUGACCAAAGCUGUUUUAAAACCACUCAAGUUAGGCAUAUAUAGUGAAUAAGAAACGGGAAUAUGCCUGACACUGUAGAAGUGAAUUACUUGUAAAAGUUUGAGAGAAUUUCUGAAGACUUUUCAACCACCACUGCAUACCGCAGCUUCCCCAUCGUUGAUGGCAGUCACGUUUUUAUCCGUUGUUUGAAAUUUACAUGUAACCAACUGUGAAACAGAUUCGCGCGAUACAAUAAAUAUUAUUGUCAUGAUUGA